CGCUGCUGCCCGAGCCGCCGGCGAGCAGGAAGAAGAGCGUGAACAUGACCGAGUGCGUGCCCGUGCCCAGCUCCGAGCACGUCGCCGAGAUCGUGGGCCGGCAAGGCUGCAAAAUCAAAGCCCUGCGCGCCAAGACCAACACGUACAUCAAGACGCCGGUCAGGGGCGAGGAGCCCGUGUUCAUCGUCACGGGCAGGAAGGAGGACGUGGAGAUGGCCAAGCGGGAGAUCCUCUCUGCGGCCGAGCACUUCUCCAUGAUCCGGGCCACGCGCAACAAAGUCAACGGGCUGACGGGGGCCAUGCAGGGGCCCCCCAACCUGCCGGGCCAGACCACCAUCCAGGUGAGGGUCCCCUACCGCGUGGUGGGGCUGGUGGUGGGACCCAAGGGAGCCACCAUCAAGCGCAUCCAGCAGCAGACGCACACGUACAUCGUGACGCCCAGCCGGGACAAGGAGCCCGUGUUCGAGGUGACGGGCAUGCCCGAGAACGUGGACCGGGCGCGGGAGGAGAUCGAGGCGCACAUCACCAUGAGGACAGGCUCCUUCAUCGACGUCAACGCCGACAACGACUUCCACUCCAACGGCACCGACGUCUGCCUCGACCUGCAGGGCGGCGCGGCCGCCCCGUGGGCCAAGGCCCCCCACCCCGCCCAGCGCCCGUCGGCCGCGCUGCGCAACGACAGCCUCAGCUCCCUGGGCAGCGGCUCCACCGAGUCCUUCUACAGCGGGCGCGUGGCGGCCGCCAGCCCCACCAGCCCCUACAGCACCUUCAGCGAGCCCCCGGCCCCGCUGGGCUCCGACGAGUGCGACUUCGGCUUCGACUUCCUGGCCCUCGACCUCACCACGCCCACCGCCGCCAUCUGGUCGCCCUUCGAGCGCUCGGGCAACGCCCUGCAAGCCUUCAGCAGCUGCUCCUCCAUCAACGGCUCGCAGAGACGCAACAGCGGCCCGGCCACGCCGCGCCACUCGCCCACGCUGCCCGAGAGCGGGGCGGCGGCGCUGGAGCACCCCUCGGCGCGGCGCAUCCCCAGCGACCCGGCCGGCGCCCUGGCCUGGCUGCCCGCCCAGGGCUCGCUCUCCUCCUUCUCCAACAGCACCGGCUACUCCUCCUCCUCCUCGCUGCCCGGCAGCAUCUCGGCCGCCUCGGGCUCGCCCACCGACUCGAGCAGCUCGGACGGGCACCGCAAGAGCUCCCGGGAGUGCAUGGUGUGCCUGGAGAGCGAGGUGAUGGCCGCGCUCGUGCCCUGCGGCCACAACCUCUUCUGCAUGGAGUGCGCCCUGCGCAUCUGCGGCCGGGCGCAGCCGCAGUGCCCCGCGUGCCACGUGCCCGCCACCCAAGCCAUCCACAUCUUCUCCUAGCCCGGGGGCUCGCCCGGCGCGCCACCGCCCUCCACCCCAGCACCGCGGCGGUUUAAGGGACUUUAUACUGUUUAAGUGGAGCUUUUUAUUUAAUAACAGACGCGAU